AUGAUAAAUGAUUGUGCAAAUGAAGAUUUUACUAAUUAUAUCUUUACAUUGGCUUUAACUAAACUUAAACUUCAAGUUCUGAGGAAUAAAAAUGUUGGAGUUGAUGCAAAUUAUCAUGAUGAAGGUGAAAGCACAUAUCAUUCAUUUCCACCACCACCAAAUUCUAUUCCACGUUUAUCAGAAAUUGAUCGUAGUAAUUUGCCUAAAAAUAUCAUUGCCAUAACUGGAGUUGGAGGAUGGAGUCAUCUUCGAAGGAUGUUGGAUGUUUCUCAAAUUUUGUCUACACGUGGAUUUAAUAUUACACUAUUAUCACCUGGAAAUUAUUUACCAAGUCCUAAUUAUCCAAAUAUUUCACAAAUUUCCACUGGGCCAGCAUUUUCACCAUCAGAUUAUCCUGGAUAUGAUAGACUUAUAAAGGAAUUUGUAACAUUGAAAGAAAUAUAUCAACUUCAACAAUCAGCAAAUAA